AACCUCUCUCUCCUCAUUGCUCAAUGGCUCGGGGCGUGUUUUUUCUGAUGUGGGUGUUCCCAAGCAGGACGUUGGCAGCUACGCUCCCCUGCAUCUGUGAUUGAGGCUCCAACGGCUCGUUAGGAAAGCUGUACAAAGGGAAUUGUACACGCACCAGUCAAGUCUACCUGGACGCGCACCCAUCCACGAAGACGUUAGUAGAGACAACGAGUGUAUCACCAUGAAGAGGCCUUGUGAGGAUAGUACUUCUGACAGCGACAUGGAUGAAACUAUUGAUGUCGGCAGUGAGAAUAAUUAUUCUGGGCACAGCAAUGGAUCAUUUGUUAGAUGUGGCUCCCCAACAACAACAACCCAAGUUAUGGCAAGAAAAAAACGAAGAGGGAUCAUCGAGAAGAGAAGGAGGGAUCGAAUCAAUAAUAGUUUAUCAGAGUUACGUCGACUUGUCCCAACUGCAUUUGAAAAACAAGGUUCAGCCAAAUUAGAGAAGGCAGAAAUAUUGCAGAUGACAGUGGAUCACCUAAAGAUGCUGCAGGCCACUGGCGGUAAAGGGUAUUUUGAUGCCCACUCCCUGGCCAUGGACUUCAUGAGUGUGGGCUUCAGGGAGUGUCUGACGGAGGUGGCCAGGUACCUGAGCUCUGUCGAGGGAUUAGACAGUAGCGACCCCCUGCGUGUGCGCCUGGUCUCCCACCUCAGCACCUGCGCCUCCCAGAGGGAGGCGGCUGCCAUGACCUCAUCCAUGGCACACCACCAGCAGGCGCUCCACCCUCACCACUGGGCUGCCGCCUUCCACCCCUUCCCCACCACCUUCCUCCAGCAGAAUGGACUGCCCUCCUCAGACAGCGCCGCCAGCAGACUGUCUGUAGAGGUGCCCCAGCGUGGCUCGGCCCUCCUAACGGCAACCUUCUCCCAUACCGACUCCUCUCACAGGGCGCCCUCUAAUGGCAGCGUGGCGCCCUGCGUCCCCCCGCUCUCCACCUCCCUCCUGUCGCUCUCGGCUACUGUUCACGCCGCGGCCGCUGCUGCUGCUGCGGCCCAGACUUUUCCCCUGUCCUUCCCUGGAGGAUUCCCCAUCUUCACACCUCACAGUGUGAGCAGCACAGCGUCUAUGGUAGCUUCAGCUGUGAGCCCCUCCAUAUUCACCACAUCCACCUCACAGCAGAGCAGAGACAGAGAGAGCAGCAGCAGCAAACCAUACAGACCUUGGGGAACAGAAGUAGGAGCCUUUUAAGUGUUUGACUUUUCAAAGGUCUCAUGGUGGCUAGAGGACUUCCACACUUUGAAGAUAAAGGAACAAGACUGUUUUAUUAACUAUAGCUUGGAUUUUUCGGUGUUCAUGAACUUUUAUUCCACCAGCUUAUUUAAUUUCUGACUGUGUGCAGAUUCAGUGCAAAUGCAAGUUAUCUUAUGGGAGCGAGAGCGACGAUAAUGAAAUCCACUUAAAAUGUACUAAUGAUUUAUUUUUAUUGAAUAACAACACUCAAAUUGGACCUAUCUAGCUUCUGUCUUUUUCUCAAUUUUCAGUGUGUUUGUUUUCAUAAUUUUCUUAACACUGUCACUAGACCAUUUGCUUCCCCAAAAUUGGCUAUAUAAUUCAUAUUAUUAGAGUAUUAUUUUCUGAAUAUGUGAAAUAGAAACAAAAUUCCUUAAAAUAUCCAGCAGAAGUUUUGUUUUGCUCUGACCUCUGACCUCAACUCAGUUGAUUCUCUUGAUGGGGAAAUAAUGUGAUAAACACUCACAAAGCACCCACUGGACUCAGACAUCAGUUCAAUGUCUACUUUUGAUUUACAUUUGGUUGAGUUGUCAACUAACAUGAAUUCAACGUGCAAUCAACCAAAAAUGUUACCAUGUCAUUGGAUUUAGGUUACAAGUUGGGUGAAAAAUAUAUACGAAAUUCCCUUACGUUGAUUACUUUUUCAAAUCCAAUCAGUUUUCCACUUUGAUUCAACAUCAUGACAGUGGGCAGUGUCUUUAGGAGUUGUUCUAAUCAAUCAGAUGAAGAACCAAAGGGUUUGGAGAUAAUCAGUCAACGAAUGAAUCAAAGCAGAGUGUUUCUAAUCUAAUCCAUUCAUUUACACGGUUGUAAAUGUGAGAUGAACUUCAAGCUAUAUUGAAGAUAAAAGAAUACAUAUUUGGUGAUGCACUUCAAUUUGCUGCUGGAAAGAAGUAACAGGAGCUUUUUCCUUUAGAAAGUACAAAAACAACACAUCACAUAGCCUAGUACUUCCAACUGCAGUUCAAUGAUACAAUUGUAACUUGUUUGGCUUUUUUCUUUUGUAACAGUUGUCUAUGCAAACAAGCCCUCUAGGCCUACUCUACAGAUGUCACUGAUUAAAUGUAUAUAUAUAUAUAUAUAUAUAUAUAUAUAUAUAUAUAUAUUUGGCCACUCAGAGCAUAUUCUUCUUUGUUUUCACCACAGCAUAUCAAUGGAGCCAGAGUAUGUGCCAAUGCUCAAACGCCAUAAUAAAAUAAAUAGUUUUUUGAAGACCACAAAGUAUACGUUUAAUCUAUUUUGGUGAGGGAAAAUAUUCAUCCUUCCUGUUGUGUUAUUGAGAGGAUGGGUAAAAAACAAACUCCCUAAGAGAGACACACAUAAUAACAAUUGCAUAACUGGCACUGUCUGUACACAGAGUUGUAAAUCAGUCACCAACAUUUCUACAGCCUUUCGAGACAACAACUCACCCUAUUCUGUAAUUAUAUCCACUGUAGGGACCUAUAGACAUUGAAGUUUAAAAAGAUAUCAAUUUCCAUGUCUAUUCCGUGUCUAUUGUGACAAUUUUGGACUGCACCUUUAGACAAUUGUAUAAUGUUAUUGGUAAGCCUAUUGUUAUGCAAGAUGGUAUUCAAAGGGGAAAAAGAGAAUAUGUAUAGAGUCUGGUUCAGUUAUUUUCUCCCUUGGAGAAAGAACAUGUCAACACGAUUGCAGGGUAUCAGCAUCCCUGACGAACCGUUGGUUUGGAACUGGUUCCACUGGGCACAGACAUCAGUUUAACAUCUAAUUUUGAUUUACAUUUGGUUUAGUUUUCAACUAACGUGAAUUCAAUGUGAAAUCAAAAAAAAAAUGUCACCAUGUCAUUGGAUUUAGAUUAAAAGUUGGAUGAAAAUAAGACAAAAUGCCCUUAAAUUGAUGACUUUUGCAAAUCCAAUCAGUUUUCCACAUUGAUUCAACGUCAUCAUCACAUAGAUUUUUGGGUUGAAAUGACGUGGAAAAAACCUUGUUUCAACCAGUUUUUGCCCAAUGAGGUAUAAAGGAAAAACAACUUUGGUCACUCCUCCCAAGAUUGGUAUUUACUGGCCUAAUGCACUCUCUUUAUCACGGGU